UAUAAUAUAUUGCGGUUUGUACUGAUAAGCUACAUCAUUUUUUGUUGUUCUUAACUUUUCAAGUGAUUGUUUUAUUCUUUUUUAAGCAAAGAUUCCACUUUGCAAGUAAUGAUCUUGGUGACAAAGUUAUUCUCAACAGUGAAACACUAACAUAAACAUUAAUCAUGGUAGAACAUAUUAUCUUAGCACCUCAAAAUACUCUUCCCUUCCAUUAUUCACACAAUAAAUCUCGUGGUGCAUAUCAACUCUCUAUCUCUCUCUCUCUCUCACUCUCUCAUGACACGAUGCUGAUUUCUAAAGUUUCUUUGGAAACCCCCAUAAAGAGUUAUCCUUUUAUAGCCUUUCGGUGAUUAGUUUCACUUCUUUUCCUCUCUUUGCUCUGCUUUCCCUUUACCCUUCCCUAAACAUAUAUCUUAAAGAAAAGGAUCUCACGCAAUACACCACCACAAUGCUAAAUUUAAUCUCCCUCACCCUGCAUAAUUGUUCCUUCAGUUUCGGAGGACUCACCUAGCUCUCUCACACACACACCCUACACCAUACAACAACGCACGACCAAAAGCUAAAGCUGCAAUUUCUGACUUCUCAACCCCAAAAUUCCCACACUUGUGUCUAUUUCUCUCUCUCUCUCUCUCUCUUUCCCUCGCUUUGACUCCAAACCCAUCACCGUUUCAACCAAUCCUCUCACCCACUGCAUAAAUUUCGAAACUUUUUCGCGGCUUCGCCAACAUUUCGAGACAACAUCAUUUCCUCUCUCUGUUCCCCAGAGACAGAGCUCCCUGUUCCGAACAAAUCCACAUGGCAAUAGAAGUGUGCUCCGAGAUAUCCAGCACGGGAAUCAGCCCUCGAAUCUCCUUCUCCCACGAUCUGAAGAACACGGAAGAUGCAUCCGUUCGUGUCGAAGAUCGCCACCGUGGAUCAGAGCUGUGCCUCUUGGACUCGAGCUCUGACUUCGUCUUCUGCAUCACCAAUGGCUUACCUCAACAUCUCUCUUCCGCCGAUGAACUCUUCUCUAAUGGCAAGAUUGUCCCGGCGGAGAUCAAAAGCGUUCCCAAAAAACCUUCACAUCCUCCUCGAUCUCAACCUGCUACCACGGAAAAGAUUCAAAGAAAGAGGCUCAAGGAGUUCUUGUCUGCUUCCUCUGACGAAGCAGAGAACGAAGAAGAAAAACCAUCAUCCAAGUAUUUCUGGCAAUUCAAGCGCAGUAGCAGUUUGAAUUUCGAUACCACCCGUGGUAAUGGUUUGAUUCGCUCGCUUCAGUUCUUGUCACGAAGCCACUCAACCGGUUCGGCCCUGAAUCCAAAGCAAACAGAGGUUCCAAGGGAAAGUCACAAGCAGAAGCUGCAGAAACAAUCCUCUGUUUCAAGCAGAAGGUCAUCGUCUUCCUCUUCGAGUUCAAGUACAUAUUACUUUUAUAGUUCGUCUCAAAAAGCUUCGUUAAAGAAAAACGGUGGAUAUUCGGGUAAUGGUGUUAGAAUAAGUCCUGUUUUGAAUCUACCACAAGCAUAUAUUCCGAAAGCCACUGCCAGAUUUUUUGGAUUUGGUUCCCUAUUCUGUAAUGGAAAGAUUAAAAGAAAGAAGAAAUAGGGCAUUCACAGGUUUUAUCUUUUUGUUCAUUUUAAACGAGUAAAUAGUAUAUGUAUGGAGAGUAAAGAAAUGUUCUCACACUCUUACUCAAUUAAGAAUUCUCAAUAAGUUUACCAAAUUCUAGAAUUAAUACUA